UCCCUCACCAUACACACUUUUCCCCUUUCUCUAACACAACGCAGCAACAGUAAGAAAGAAACAAAGAAAAGAGAACCAACGAGCGAAGGGACGGAGCUGCGAUUAGAAGAGAGGAUGUGCCACGCUGCUGCCACUGUCCAGCCGCCUCGCCACCGCCAUCGCGUCACCGCCAAGCCAUCGCAGGAGACGUUGAGACAGAGAGCUGCCGCUACGGUAAACGCGUUGGAGGAGAGGACGCCGCCAGCCCUGUCGCGCCUGGUCGCUACCAAGCUCGCCGUCGGAGAUCGCCGUUCCCUCACUGCUGCUACGUCGCCGUCGAUGAAGCUUCUGCCGCCGCCGUGAAUCGCGAGCAGAGGAGGGGGAGAAAGAGACGAGUUCGUAAGGGAGAAGCAGCGCUGCCACCUCGCCGCUGUACCUCCUUGCUGCCGUCGAGCUGUCCGCUGCCGUUGUCGCCGUUCUGAUCGCCGGUGAACUAUCGUUGGAGCCGCCACUAUCCUGGUUCGUUGGUUGUGUAAAGAAUGAAGCUGUUGUGUUGCUGGUUGCGGCUUAGCCAAUCGUCACGUUGCAACCGCGCCUUCAAUUCAGUUUCUGCGAAAUUCGAAAGUUGAGGCAAAACCUUAUUGAGAAACGAAGAGAAAGAGAACCGUAAGUAACAUGCCGAAUUGCAAUGACAAACAACAGAAGAUGUGGCCUUCUCAAACUUGUUUCUCUUCGUAAUGCUUCUCACUCUUCCUCAAAUGCAAAACCUGACUCCCAUUUGGCAGCAACAUUAACCGCUAAGAAGAGUGUUUCUGGGUUCCACACUAACAUUGAUGAUGCUGUUGCCUUUUUCAUUCGCCUCAUUAAUGAGCACCGCACUCCAUCUCAACUCGAACUUGGUAAGAUUUUGAUGUCUGUUGUUAACAUGAAAGAAUAUCCCACUGCUAUUUUUCUCUUUGCACAAAUGGAGUUUAAGGGUAUCGCUCCUUCCAUGAUUAGUCUGAGCAUGUUGAUCAAUUGUUUUUGCCGUUUGGGUCAAAUGAAUUCUGCUUUCUCUGCAUUGGCCAAGAUUAUCAAGAUGGGUCAUGAAUUGAAUAUCAUAACACUGACCACACUCAUCAAAGGGUUCUGUAUAAACGGCAAGGUUAGGGAAGCCCUACGGUUUCAUGACAAACUAAUAUCUCUAGGUUUUCAGCUUGAUGAGGUUAGUUAUGGGAUCUUAAUUAGUAGUCUAUGUAAAAUGGGGCAAGCAAGAGCCGCCAUGGAGCUUUUGCAAAAGCUAGAGUGUUAUACAGUUAAGCCUAACAUAGUAAUGUACAGAACAAUUAUUGAUGGAUUGUGUAAAGAUGGUCUUGUAAAUGAGACACAAAAUUUGUUCCUAGAGAUGAUUUCUCGAGGAGUUUAUCCUGAUGUUGUCUCAUACAAUUCUCUGAUGCAUGGUUUGUGUUGUACCGGUCGUUUAAAAGAAGCAACUCAAUUGUUGAAUGAUAUGGUUGUUAAAGACAUUAACCCAGAUGUAUGUACCUAUAACAUUCUAGUCGAUGCAUUAUGUAAAGAUCGAAGAAUAAUAGAAGCCAAACAAGUGUUUGAUAUGUUGAUGGACAGAGGAAUCAAGCCUGAUGUAGUCACAUACAAUACAUUAAUAUAUGGAUACAUUUUAAUUGGCAAAGUGGAUGAAGCAGCAAGUUUAUUUGGUGAUAUGAAGAAAAUUGGUCUGGCUCUUUGUGUCUGGAGUUAUAGUAUUAUGAUAAAUGGAUAUUGUAAACACAAAAGAUUGGAUGAAGCUGUAACACUCCUUAAAGAGAUGCCCCAGAGAAAUUUGAUUCCAAGUACCGUAACAUAUAAUUCUCUUAUUGAUGGCUUUUGCAAAUCAGGGAGAAUACCUGAUGUGCAAAAUCUUCUUGAGGAUAUGUAUGCUAGAGGCCAGUCCCCAAAUAUUAUUACUUACAAUAUCUUGUUGGACAGUUUAUGUAAAGGUAGUCAUCUUGAUGUUGCAAUUGAAUUAUUUCAGAAAAUUUUUGGCAAGGGGGGUUGGUCCUUAUGCCAUACACCAUACUGAUCGGUGGAUUCUAUAAUCACGGGAGAGAUAAAACUGCUGAAGAGGUUUUCAACCUUCUCCAUAAUAAAGGUUGGCGAGAUGUCAAAGCAUUUGAUGCUAUGACCAAUGGGUUGUGUAAGAACUAAGGAGGGCUUGUUCGACAAAGCAACAAGCUUGCUAUCAAAUGGAUGGCAAUAGUUGUGCUCUAGAUGAUAUAACUGCUUUUGCAAUUGUUCAUGCUCGAGAAAAAUGAAAAAAGAAAAAGUAGAGAAGUUUCUUUGUAAAAUGAUCUUUAGAGGCAUGUUGAAGCAAUAAAAGAAGGUAAUACAUUAUUGUUUUUCAACUAAAGCUGUUUCUUUUUAUGUGGAAAAGUUUUAUUAUGAUUUUUAUUCAUCCUAUUAAGGUUUAGAGUAAGAUUUGAUUUGAGGCUCUGUCUUAGGACGAAUUUCUAGACUGCCAAGUGCUUACAAGGUGGUUUAUACAUGAUUGUGCAGUAUAAAUAUAUAGAAUUCAAACCAACCUAUAUAAAAACUUAGUAUGGAACUUAAGGAUUGACAAAGAAUGAACUAUUAGCUAGGUGAGCUGAAAAAGUUUAUUGCUUUUAUGUCAAGAAUGAUGGACUAUUCAUGGCUAUAUCAUUACUGAAGUCUAAACAUUCCUAUGUCCUCAAAAUUUUAUUAUAACCUUGUGUCAUUGGUUAAUUUCUUAUGUUUAGAAUAUUUAGGGAGUGUAGUUGGAAUUACUAUGAUCAUCCAUGUACUUUUUUUAUUUUGAAUCUGGCUAGUGAUUACCUUUACGGAAAUUUUUUUUAAAAUAAUCUGAGCAGUAAAUAGCAAACAUUCCUUGGUUUCCAAUUUAUUCAUUGUGUGUUUUCCUUUCACAUUGGCUAAGAGAAGUUUAAUCCUCACUUUCUUGGUUGCACAAUCAAACUUUUCAAAUGAUUGGUUUGCUUUUGGACUGUGUCGCAUUUCUUGGAAGUAAUUUUUUAAGUGAUCUUCCAGAGAACAAUAUUUGAGAAGGUUGAAUAAGUGAAAUAUGAGAGACUGAAAGAGGCAUUGUUUCUGUCGCUAGCAAUUUGAAAUUGGUUUUGAGAUAUAACUAUAAAUUAUGGCCAUCGAUUGGAACUAAAGUACACCAAGUGUCUCUCUUCUUAUACUUAAACUUGGCUACUAUUUAUCUCAAAAACAUGAUGAACAUAUCUUUGCAAAGUUGCUUUUUCUUCCAGCUCCGUUCUCAUGUUUCUUUUUAGAAUUUAAUUAAAGAUCGAUCUUUGUUCAAUAUUUCAAAAUCUCUUUUUAAAAUUUUGGCAGUGCAAUUGUUUAGGAUACAACUAGCACACAAACCUGUUACAUAUUUCUCCAAGUUUUAAACCUAGCACAAUCCAAUUGUUGUCUGUGUUGAAUUUUUUUUUU